CAAAUUUCACAACUUGAAAUUUUAAAGACAGUACUUAUUCUUUAUUUACAUACUCAUGGUGAACUAUUCAAUAGUUUAUAAAUUUACGGAAAAUCAUUUGCAAAAGGAAUAACUAUAUACACAUAAUUAUUUUUAUGUUCAAUACAACACCUGUUAAAUUUUAUUUAAAAAAUGUUUUUUUUGUGUUAAUUUAUUGCGCAUGCGUUGCGAAGCGGUACAGUUCAGAAUUUUUCUCUCGUGAGUGUUCAUAACAAUAAUAUAAUAAUAAACAUUCAAAAUGUCGCAUCCACAUCGCAGGCGUCGGUCACAUCAUGAAGCUAUUAUUGAAAAUCAAGAUAGUAAUAGCAGCAGUAACACAGGAAUAAUUAAUAUAAUUACUUCUAAAAAGCAAGGGAUAAAUACUUUUGCUAAUGAUGGAAGCUUUUUGGAAUUAUUCAAGAAAAAAAUGGAAGAAGAAGCAAAGGGUGAAACCAGUGGAACGUCUGAUGGCGAGGGCAGUAAAAGUGCUGAUGAAAAACUUAAGAAAUUAGACAGUGCAGUGAAGAGACGUGGUGGAAAGGUGCUCAAGACAGGCAUGGUUAAGAAGCAGAAGGUUGAAGGUUCACAUGAGGAACCUUCACCUACAUCUGAUGCAUGGACUCGUUACUUAGCAGAGGUUAAAAAAUAUCGUCAGCAGGCAUGUGAUGAAGAUGGAAAAACCAGACCCCUUGUUAAAUAAGUUAAACAAAUAAUUUGAAACUUCUAUUUGUAAAUAUAUUUGUAUUUAACAUUUCCAUUGUGUGUCUUAACCUAACGUCAUCAUUUUGUAUUUGGCAUUUUGUGAUCUACUAUUAAUGUAUAUUUUAGUUUUUGUAUAUUUUAUUCUAUCUUAAACAGUGAUAACUUCUCUUAAAUCUUAACUGCAGGAAAAGUACAUCUUAGUUCAAUUUAAAAUUUUCAAAAGUUAAUUUAUUUGUUCUCAUUUUAUAAGCUUAUGAUUUUUUAAUGUUUAGAGCUAAUUACUUUUUAUUAUCAGAUUAUAAUUAGUUCAGUAUCAGUGAGAAGGUCGGUAAUAAAAUAAUUGUGACAGUUUAUUAAUGCAAUUGUGACUUGAUAAAAAAGUAGAAAAUAAAAUUUAAUUUUGUUCUUUUCCUCA